AAUAAAUUCAACGCUCUCUUUAGUCAGUCUUGUGAAGUCGUCUCUCUUUUUUUUCUCCUCGCUACGGCUCCUUUUCAUUCGUAAAUUUAUUUAACCCAAAAUUGGCCAUUGCUCUUUCUCUGCUACUCCUGUUAUUCCCAGCAGAUUUUCCCCGUUGAACCCAUAAUUCUGCUGGAAAUUAGGUUGAGUAUCUGAGGGAUGGAGACUUUUGAAAAAGAUGAUAUGCCGAUGUUAUCACCAUCAUUUCCGCAGUCCGAUGAAAAUGAUGGCUUUCAAAAUCGACGUUUUACGUACAGGACAAGGAGUGCAUCCUUAUCAAUGCCAACGAGCUCUAUGGAUUCCUUUGGAAAUGAUAGUAGUUUUGUAGGCUAUACCGGUCCUUUGAGAAGUGAGGGGCGAACUUCAUUGGUUCAUAUGAGCGGGCCAUUAUAUAUUAGUCGCAAGCCUGAGAAUAGCUUUCGGCCCACUCCCGCUGCAGUAGUGCACAAACCAUCUCUGCCUGCAACAGAAAAAUAUCCUUCAAUUGGCAGUGCAGAACGAAAUGGUUGGCCUAAUAAUGACUACACUGGAAAAAAUGAACAUCUAUUGAAGUCUGGACAACUGGGCAUGUGCAGUGAUCCUUACUGCACAACAUGCCCAACCUAUUACCAUUUGAAAGCACGGGAAAAAAAUUCAAAGUCUUCAGAUAUAAUAGAUCACAGGUUCCAUAAUAUGCUGUAUGGAGAUGCAAAAGGAUGGGCAAAGAGAACUUGUUCUUUCUUGCAUCCAUAUAUUCCUGGUGUCAUGAAUCCUCAUGCGAAGAUUGUCCAGAAGUGGAACAAAUUUUUUGUCAUCUCAUGCCUAUUUGCAGUAUUUAUAGAUCCCCUGUUCUUCUUUUUGCUUUAUGUCCAACAGGGAAACAAAUGUAUAGUACUAAAUUGGCCCAUGACAACAACUAUUGUGAUUUUGAGGAGCAUCACUGAUAUCGUUUACUUAGUUCACAUCCUUCUUCAGUUCCGCUUAGCUUAUGUUGCUCCUGAAUCUAGGGUGGUGGGAGCAGGUGACCUGGUUGACCACCCUAAAAAGAUUGCUAUAAAUUAUCUUUCUGGAUACUUUGUCCAUGACUUCUUCAUCGUACUACCACUUCCUCAGAUCAUCAUAUUAUUGGUUUUGCCCAAGUCUAUUGCAUCAUCUGGGGCAAAUUACGCGAAGAAUCUAUUGAGGGCAGCUAUACUACUCCAGUAUAUUCCUAGGUUGUACAGGUUUUUGCCUUUGCUAGCUGGCCAGUCUCCAAGUGGUUUUAUAUUUGAGUCAGCAUGGGCAAAUUUUGUCAUAAAUCUUCUCACUUUUGUUCUAUCGAGCCAUGUGGUGGGAUCAUGCUGGUAUCUUUUUGGUUUACAGAGGGUGAAUCAAUGCCUUCGAGAUGCUUGUCGUAGCUCAAACAUAGCAAGAUGUACGGAAUUCAUAGACUGUGGUCAUGGCACCGAUUUCAGAAAGUUUCGGUCGGAUACAACAUGGGACCAGUGGAAGAACAAUUCUGAUGCAGUUACUUGUUUUACUAAUGGUGGUUUUGACUAUGGAAUUUAUGAACAAGCUGUUAAUCUAACCGCUGAAGGGAGUGUUGUCACAAGAUAUGUGUACUCAUUGUUUUGGGGCUUCCAGCAAAUUAGUACACUAGCUGGCAAUCAAAUCCCGAGUUAUUUUGUGUGGGAAGUUAUUUUCACAAUGGCUAUAAUCGGAAUGGGACUCCUACUUUUUGCCCUCCUGAUUGGAAAUAUGCAAAACUUUCUGCAGUCUCUAGAUCGCAGGAGGUUAGAAAUGUCUCUGAGACGUCGUGACGUUGAACAAUGGAUGAGCCAUAGGCGCUUGCCAGAAGAACUGAGAAGGAGAGUUCGGGAGGCAGAGAGAUAUAAUUGGGCCGCUACCAGAGGGGUCAAUGAAGAAAUGCUACUAGAGAACCUUCCUGAAGACCUUCUAAGAGAUAUACGGAGACAUCUUUUUAACUUCAUCAAAAAGGUUCGGAUAUUUGCACUUCUAGAUGAACCCAUCAUAGAUGCCAUCUGUGAGAGAUUAAGACAGAAAACAUACAUAGCAGGAAGCAAAGUUUUAUACCGUGGUGGUCUGGUUGACAAAAUGGUUUUCAUAAUUCGGGGUAAGAUGGAAAGUAUUGGAGAAGAUGGAAACGUGGCCUCCUUGUCUGAAGGGGAUGCCUGCGGGGAAGAACUCCUCACAUGGUGCCUUGAGCACUCUUCGAUAAACAGAGGUGAUAUAGAUCUUUUGAAAAUUGUCUUGUGAGUGCACCUUUGGCAUAUAUGCAUGAUAUAAUGUUAGCUCUUUUUAUUUUUGGUUAUAAAAUCGAUUCAUCAGCUUCGCUUGAACUCCACCAUUUCUUGUUAUCCAAAUAGGUACUCUCCAUAUUAUUCAAAUUAUCACUGAAAGCUCCUUUGACUCAGCUACCUUUUCUCUUCUUGAGGCUCAGCUACCCCCUUUUCCCCCUCAAGGCAAAUACGGCAUGAAAUUUGAAAAAGAAAUAUAAAAGAUAUGCUUAUCUAUGCAUGGAUGAGUUGAACAUGAAAUAACCCCUACAAAGAGAUGAUGAAUGGCGGAAAAGUGAAAUGUACAAAAGGAUGAAGGUAUUAUGUCAGGUAAAUGCAGGCUAGACCUAUGGAACAAGUCUGGAAGCUGUGAUGAGUGAACUUAAUAUCAAGGAAGUAUUGACGGAAUUCUUAUCUAUUGACAAUUAUGGCUGAACUAUUGCAUCUUUUUCCCAGUAGAAGAUUAACCUCUCAAGGUAUGAAUGGAAGUGUGGACUAGCAUCCGAAGUACCAUUUAGCUGCAACAACAACAUACCCAAUAUUAUCCCACACCGUGGGGUCUGGGGAGGGUAGUGUGUACGCAGACCUUACCCCUAUCUUGUGAGGAUAGAUAGGUUGUUUCUAAUAGAGCCUCGGCUCAGGAAAUCAUAAGCACCACAUUAAUGAAAAUAUAGGCACGAAUGGACAGUACCAAAAAGCCAUAUAAAAGCAGAAU